AGAGGAGGUGGUUGUUGCUGAUGAUGAUGGUGGGAGAGGAGGAGGCGCUCAGCUGAAGCUGCUGCUACUAGCUCAUGACGCAGUGAAAAACGCACCGCCGGCCAAAGAAAAGAGCUGCGAGAGAGACUGCAAUGACAGCAACGGAAUAAAGAGCUAGGCGAAGCGGCGUCCGAGCCUUGCGGGAUCUUUUCACUGACAGCACAAAGCGGGAGCUCGCUGACAAGGCCAUUGAUAAGGGAAAGGCUUGGCAGAUCCGCACACACAUCAAACCUCCGACCGAGGAGGAAGGAGAAUAAAAAAAACACAGAGCGGGAGGCGACGUGAAGAAGUUUUAUUGCCUGUGAAGUUGCGGGGGGAGGACAUAAAGGAAAAAAAAAAAGGCGUCCGCCCGACCGCGCAGCUGUGCACACCGUUCAGAGGCUGAGCUCGUCUAUAGGGAGCCGGGAGAGUCCAUACAUGUGUAACCCUGCCCGGGUGUGUAUGAGCGGCCACCGGCUCCUGCUCUCCUGCUCCGGACUUACUAGUUUGCGGUUAUGCAAUGGUCUCUGCAAAAUGUUCGGUGUUUAAGGUGGAGCUUCAUAAGACAGACGUAUGCCGGCUUGUCUUGCUUGAAGGGACUAUAAUUUCUUCUCUUGCAAUUGCUACAUAAGCAGACAAAAUUGCAAAGAUCUGCCCUGUGUCGAGUAUGACAGCCACGACUCGUGGCUCUCCGGUUGGAGGGAAUGAAAGUCAAGGCCAAGCUCCCGAUGGACAGUCACAGCCUCCACUCCAACAGAAUCAGACUUCUUCACCUGAUUCUUCCAAUGAAAACUCCCCAGUUAGCCCUCCAGAUGAUCAGACACAAGGGGAUGCACCACCUCCACUGGAGGAUGAGGAACCCGCCUUUCCUCACACUGACUUGGCUAAGCUGGAUGACAUGAUCAACAGACCUCGCUGGGUUGUUCCAGUUUUGCCUAAAGGUGAAUUAGAAGUUCUUUUAGAAGCUGCUAUUGAUCUUAGUAAAAAAGGCCUUGAUGUGAAAAGUGAAGCAUGCCAACGAUUCUUUAGAGAUGGUCUAACAAUAUCUUUUACAAAAAUUCUUACUGAUGAGGCAGUGAGUGGCUGGAAGUUUGAGAUCCAUAGGUGUAUAAUUAACAAUACUCAUCGCCUUGUGGAACUAUGUGUGGCCAAGCUUUCCCAAGAUUGGUUUCCUCUUCUUGAAUUACUAGCAAUGGCCUUAAAUCCUCAUUGUAAAUUUCAUAUCUACAAUGGUACACGUCCAUCAGAGACUGUCCCAGCUGGAGUUCAGUUGGCAGAAGAUGAGCUGUUUGCCCGUCCUCCUGAUCCACGUUCCCCAAAGGGCUGGUUAGUAGACCUCAUUAAUAAAUUUGGCACAUUAAACGGGUUCCAGAUUCUGCAUGAUCGCUUUAUGAAUGGCUCAGCUUUGAAUGUUCAAAUCAUCGCAGCUCUUAUAAAACCAUUUGGACAGUGCUAUGAUUUUUUAACACUUCAUACAGUCAAGAAAUACUUUCUUCCAAUUAUAGAAAUGGUCCCUCAAUUUCUAGAAAAUUUAACUGACGAAGAGUUGAAAAAAGAAGCAAAAAAUGAAGCCAAAAAUGAUGCACUAUCUAUGAUUAUAAAAUCUCUUAAAAACUUAGCUUCCCGUGUUCCAGGACAAGAAGAAACUGUCAAAAAUUUAGAAAUUUUUAGGCUUAAAAUGAUUCUUAGGUUGUUACAAAUUUCAUCCUUUAAUGGAAAAAUGAAUGCACUUAAUGAAGUGAACAAAGUAAUAUCAAGUGUGUCCUAUUACACACACAGACAUGGAAAUCCAGAGGAGGAGGAGUGGCUGACUGCCGAGCGUAUGGCUGAAUGGAUCCAACAGAACAACAUUCUAUCAAUUGUUUUACGGGAUAGUCUUCAUCAACCUCAAUAUGUGGAGAAAUUAGAAAAAAUUCUUAGGUUUGUCAUCAAGGAAAAAGCACUUACUCUGCAAGAUCUGGACAACAUUUGGGCAGCACAGGCAGGAAAACAUGAAGCCAUUGUAAAAAAUGUCCAUGAUUUACUUGCCAAGUUGGCGUGGGAUUUUUCUCCUGAACAACUUGACCAUCUUUUUGAUUGUUUUAAGGCUAGUUGGACAAAUGCAAGCAAAAAACAACGUGAGAAGCUACUGGAGUUAAUACGCCGGCUAGCAGAAGAUGACAAAGAUGGUGUAAUGGCUCAUAAGGUUUUAAACCUUCUGUGGAAUUUAGCUCACAGUGAUGAUGUGCCCGUUGAUAUAAUGGACCAAGCCUUGAGUGCCCAUAUAAAAAUUUUGGAUUACAGCUGCUCGCAGGAUCGAGAUACACAGAAAAUUCAGUGGAUAGAUCGUUUUAUAGAAGAGCUACGUACAAAUGACAAAUGGGUCAUACCAGCACUUAAACAAAUUAGAGAAAUUUGCAGUUUAUUUGGUGAAGCACCUCAGAAUCUAAGCCAGACACAGCGCAGUCCGCAUGUUUUCUACAGACAUGAUUUAAUAAACCAACUCCAGCAUAACCAUGCACUUGUUACAUUAGUUGCAGAAAAUCUCUCUUCAUAUAUGGAUAGCAUGCGACAGUACUCAAAAGAACAUGGCGAGUAUGAUCCCCAGACUGUGAGGCCAGGAAGUCGAUAUAGUCAUGUGCAGGAAGUCCAGGAGCGACUAAAUUUUCUGAGGUUUUUAUUGAAGGAUGGUCAGCUUUGGCUUUGUGCACCCCAAGCAAAACAGAUUUGGAAGUGCUUGGCUGAAAACGCAGUUUACCUUUGUGACCGUGAAGCCUGUUUCAAGUGGUACUCCAAGCUCAUGGGCGAUGAGCCAGAUUUGGACCCAGAUAUCAAUAAAGAUUUCUUUGAAAACAACGUGCUACAGCUGGAUCCAUCUCUCCUAACAGAAAAUGGCAUGAAGUGCUUUGAGCGUUUUUUUAAAGCUGUUAACUGUCGUGAAGGAAAACUUGUAGCAAAACGCAGAGCCUACAUGAUGGAUGAUUUAGAGCUUAUAGGGCUUGAUUAUCUCUGGAGGGUUGUAAUUCAGGGUAGCGAUGACAUUGCAAGCCGAGCAAUAGAUCUUUUAAAAGAAAUCUACACCAACCUCGGACCCAGGUUACAAGUAAAUCAGGUGGAGAUACAUGAAGACUUCAUUCAAUCCUGCUUUGAUCGUUUAAAAGCUUCAUAUGACACAUUGUGUGUUUUGGACGGUGACAAAGACAGUAUUAAUUGUGCAAGACAAGAAGCAAUACGAAUGGUCAGGGUGCUGACUGUCCUGAAAGAAUAUAUAAAUGAAUGUGAUAGCGACUACCAUGAAGAGAGGACAAUUCUUCCAAUGUCUAGGGCUUUCCGGGGGAAGCACAUUACCCUGGUUGUGCGAUUUCCAAAUCAAGGCAGACAGGUGGAGGAUUUGGAUAUUUGGUCUCACACAAAUGACACAAUAGGUUCAGUUCGUCGCUGCAUACUGAACCGUAUCAAAGCCAACAGCGCACAUACAAAGGUUGAACUGUUUAUUGGUGGAGAGCUUAUAGAUCCUUCUGAAGACAGAAAACUAAUUGGCCAGCUAAAUUUGAAAGAUAAAACGCUAAUUACAGCCAAGCUAACACAAAUAAGCGCAAACAUGCCUUCAAGUCCUGACAGUUCUUCAGAUUCCUCAACUGGCUCUCCUGGCAAUCAUGGAAACCACUACAGUGAUGGUCCUAAUCCUGAAGUUGAAAGCUGCCUGCCUGGAGUGAUAAUGUCAUUACAUCACCGAUAUAUCUCCUUCCUUUGGCAAGUUGCAGACUUGGGCAGCAACCUAAAUAUGCCCCCGCUACGUGAUGGGGCACGUGUGCUGAUGAAACUUAUGCCACCAGACAAUACUAUAGUAGAGAAACUUCGAGCAAUUUGUUUAGAUCAUGCUAAACUUGGAGAAAGUAGCUUGAGUUCAUCCUUAGAUUCGUUAUUUUUUGGCCAAUCGGCAUCUCAAGUUUUAUAUCUGACAGAGGUUGUUUAUGCCUUGUUGAUGCCUGCCAAUGCUCCCCUGGGAGAAGAUGCAAGUGAUUUUCAGUACAACUUUCUCAAAAGUGGUGGUUUGCCUCUUGUGUUGAGCAUGCUUACUCGGAAUAACUUCCUGCCAAAUGCCGAUAUGGAAACAAGAAGAAGUGCUUAUCUUAAUGCACUGAAAGUUGCCAAAUUGCUGCUUACUGCGAUUGGGUAUGGCCAUGUCCGGGCUGUUGCUGAGGCUUGUCAGCCAGUGGAAGGAUCAAAUCCUGUCUCACCGGCUACACAUGAUCAAGCAGUGGUGCUACAAAAUGCCCUGCAAAACAUUCCUAAUCCAACUUCAGAAUGUAUGCUGAGAAAUGUAGCAAUACGCCUUGCACAGCAAAUAUCGGAUGAGGCUUCUAAGUAUAUCCCAGAUAUUUGUGUCAUUCGAGCAAUACAGAAAGUAAUCUGGGCCUCCGGCUGUGGUUCAGUUCAAUUGGUGUUCUCUGCCAAUGAGGAAAUAAGCAAAAUUUAUGAGAAGGCAAAUGCUGGAAAUGAACCUGAUCCUGAGGAUGAACAAGUUUGUUGUGAAGCUCUGGAGGCAAUGACCUUGUGUUUUGCUUUGAUACCAACAGCAUUGGAAACACUCAGCAAAGAGAAAGCAUGGCAGACUUUCAUCAUUGACUUGCUACUUCACUGUCAAAGCAAACUUGUUAGACAAAUGGCGCAGGAACAGUUCUUUCUCAUGUCUACAAGAUGUUGUAUGGGACAUCGACCUCUUAUUUUUUUUAUUACGCUUCUGUUCACAGUUCUUGGGAGUACUGCUAGAGAGCGGGCUAAACAUGCUGGGGAUUAUUUCACCUUGUUAAGGCACCUUCUGAAUUAUGCAUACAACAGCAACAUUAACAUUCCCAAUGCUGAGGUUCUGCUCAACAAUGAAAUAGAUUGGCUCAAAAGGAUAAGAGAUGAUGUUAAAAGAACUGGUGAAACGGGUAUUGAGGAGACCAUUCUUGAAGGUCACUUAGGAGUAACAAAGGAAUUGUUGGCAUUCCAGACUCCAGAGAAGAAAUACCACAUUGGAUGUGAGAAAGGGGGUGCUAAUCUUAUUAAGGAAUUGAUUGAUGACUUCAUAUUUCCAGCAUCCAACGUCUAUUUGCAGUAUAUGAAGACCGGAGAGCUACCAGCUGAGCAAGCUAUCCCCGUCUGCAGUUCACCAGCCACUAUUAAUGCAGGUUUUGAGCUUCUGGUUGCAUUAGCUGUGGGAUGUGUUCGGAACCUCAGACAGAUUGUGGAUACAUUAAAUGAAAUGUAUUACUCAGGUUGUGAAGCACUUACAGAAUGGGAGUAUCUGCCUCCAGUUGGACCGCGGCCCCCCAAGGGUUUUGUGGGGCUCAAAAAUGCUGGGGCUACAUGCUACAUGAACUCUGUUAUCCAGCAACUGUAUAUGAUACCUGCCAUUCGUAAUGGAAUUCUUGCUAUUGAAGGCACUGGCAGUGAUGUUGACGAUGACAUGUCUGGGGAUGAAAAACAGGACAAUGAGAGCAACGUAGACCCGCGGGAUGAUGUUUUUGGUUAUCCUCACCAAUAUGAAGAUAAACCUUCACUUAAUAAAACCGAGGACAGGAAAGAAUACAAUAUUGGUGUACUUAGGCAUCUACAGGUCAUCUUUGGGCAUUUGGCUGCAUCCAGAUUGCAGUAUUAUGUUCCUAGAGGAUUUUGGAAACAGUUCAGGCUUUGGGGUGAACCUGUUAACCUGAGGGAGCAACACGAUGCUUUAGAAUUUUUUAAUUCCCUUGUCGAUAGUUUAGAUGAAGCAUUAAAAGCAUUAGGUCAUCCAACCAUGUUAAGUAAAGUUUUAGGAGGAUCCUUUGCUGAUCAAAUUUGUCAAGGGUGCCCCCAUAGGUACGAAUGUGAAGAAUCCUUUACAACCCUGAAUGUAGAUAUUAGGAACCACCAAAACCUGCUUGACUCAAUGGAACAGUAUGUCAAAGGAGACCUACUGGAAGGUGCAAAUGCUUAUCACUGUGAAAAAUGCAACAAAAAGGUUGAUACAGUGAAGCGUUUACUGAUCAAGAAGCUGCCUCCUGUUCUAGCCAUCCAGCUGAAACGCUUUGACUAUGACUGGGAAAGGGAAUGUGCAAUUAAAUUCAAUGACUAUUUUGAGUUUCCACGCGAGCUAGAUAUGGAGCCAUAUACAGUGGCUGGUGUAGCAAAGUUAGAAGGAGAUGAUGUGCACCCUGAAAAUCAGGUCAUUCCCAAUGAACAGACUGAAAAUGAACCUCCUGGAAGCACUAAAUACAGAUUGGUUGGGGUGUUGGUGCACAGUGGGCAGGCCAGUGGAGGUCAUUACUAUUCUUACAUCAUCCAAAGAAAUGGAGGAGAUGGGGAAAAGAAUCGCUGGUAUAAGUUUGAUGAUGGGGAUGUCACAGAAUGCAAAAUGGAUGAUGACGAGGAAAUGAAGAACCAGUGCUUUGGCGGAGAGUACAUGGGUGAAGUGUUUGACCACAUGAUGAAAAGAAUGUCAUAUCGGCGUCAGAAAAGGUGGUGGAAUGCCUAUAUACUUUUUUAUGAACGCAUGGACACUCUAGAUAAAGACAACGAGCUGAUCAAAUAUAUAAAUGAGCUUACAAUCACAUCAAAACCCCACCAGAUCAAGAUGCCAUCGGCCAUUGAGCGAAGUGUACGAAAGCAAAAUGUGCAAUUCAUGCAUAACCGAAUGCAAUUCAGCUUAGAAUAUUUUCAGUUUAUAAAGAAGUUACUAACGUGUAACAGUGUCUACCUGAAUCCUCCCCCAGGACAAGAACAUUUGAUGCCUGAGCCAGAAGAAAUAACCAUGAUUAGUAUACAGCUUGCUGCUAAAUUCUUGUUUACCACAGGAUUUCAUACAAAGAAAGUUGUUCGUGGUCCUGCUAGUGACUGGUACGAUGCAUUAUGCAUCCUACUCCGCCAUAGCAAGAAUGUCCGCUACUGGUUUGCACAUGGUGUCCUUUUUGCUUAUCCAAAUCGUUUCUCUGAGUAUCUUUUGGAGUGCCCUAGUGCUGAAGUCAGAGGAGCAUUUGCAAAACUUGUAGUAUUUAUUGCACACUUUUCUUUACAAGAUGGCCCUUGCACCUUACCCUUUGCUUCUCCUGGACCAUCAAGUCAGGCUUAUGAUAAUUUGAGUCUGAGUGACCAGUUGCUGAGAGCUGUACUUAACCUUCUCAGAAGAGAAGUGUCUGAGCAUGGUCGUCAUCUACAGCAGUACUUCAACCUUUUCGUCAUGUAUGCCAACCUUGGCAUGCAAGAAAAGACCCAGCUUUUGAAACUCAAUGUGCCUGCAACAUUUAUGCUAGUAGCAAUGGAUGAAGGGCCUGGUCCUCCAAUCAAAUACCAGUAUGCUGAAUUGGGCAAAUUGUACACUGUAGUGUCACAGCUAAUUCGUUGUUGCGAUGUAUCAUCGCGUAUGCAGUCUUCUAUUAAUGGUAAUCCACCACUGUCUAACCCCUAUGGAGACCCCAACCUUUCUCAGCCUCUUAUGCCACUGCAGCAAAAUGUGGGCAGAGGUUGUUGUUUGUUGAAAACCAGUUAUGUGAAAAAAAUUUGAGACUGCAGCAACUCAGAAGAGACUAUCAAAUUGCUUCGAUUUUGUUGCUGGGAAAAUCCCCAGUUCUCCUCUAACAGUUCUCAGGAACUGCUGUGGCAGGUGGCAUAUUCUUACACUUAUGAGCUUAGGCCCUAUUUGGACCUUCUGCUCCAAAUCUUGUUGAUUGAGGAUUCUUGGCAGACCCAUAGGAUUCACAAUGCACUUAAAGGAAUACCAGAUGACCGAGAUGGUUUGUUCGAUACCAUCCAACGCUCCAAGAACCACUAUCAGAAGAGAGCUUAUCAGUGCAUAAAAUGUAUGGUGGCUCUCUUUAGCAACUGUUCCGUCGCAUACCAAAUACUGCAGAGCAAUGGAGAUUUAAAAAGGAAAUGGACGUGGGCAGUGGAAUGGUUGGGGGAUGAGUUGGAGCGCAGACCUUACACUGGCAAUCCUCAAUACACAUAUAACAACUGGUCCCCGCCAGUGCAAAGCAAUGAAACUUCAAAUGGCUACUUUUUAGAGCGGUCACACAGUGCUAGGAUGACUCUUGCAAAGGCUUGUGAGCUGUGCCCAGAAGAGGAGCCAGAUGACCCAGAUGCCCCUGAGGAACAUGAAUCCUCCCCACCUGAAGAUGCCCCAUUGUAUCCCCAUUCACCUGGUUCUCAGUAUCAGCAGAAUAACCAUUUGCAUGGACAACCAUAUACCGGCCCAGCAGCACACCACAUGAACAAUCCCAAUCCUAAUCCUAAUCCUAAUCCCAAUCCUCAGCGGGCAGGCCAGCGAGCACCAGAAGAAUUUGAAGGCAGUGAAGAUGUCCCCUUAAUUCAAACUAAAGAUUAGUGAAUCUCAUUAUUUUACUUAACUCCUCCGAGACUGUGCACCCAGGCCUUACAGUCCAACCUUCCUUUGUGUCUGGCUAAUAUUUAAAACUAGAAAACGAAAAAAAAAAAACUAUUCCUAAUCAACGUGGAGUGGAGAGUCUAUUCACUGUCUUAUCUGCAGAAACUUGCUGUCAAUAUAUAACCCGCCUGCAGUGGAAAGUGUAUAGUGUUUUGUAAUAAACGGCCUGAUGCUACUGUGUAAAUGGCAAAGGUGUACAUAGUAUAUUAAUGUUUGACUGUUAAUUCUUAAGCAAGACUUUUUUUUUUUGUUUUUUUUCGGGGCUUGAUGAAGUUUACGUAUUUACAAAAAAAUUAAAAAAACAAACAAAAUUUCCAGAAAAAAAACAACCUUUUAGUUUCCUGAACUGUACCUUCUGCUCUACAUUUUUUUUUUUGCCAAGGCAAUCUUUACAGCAGUUGCCAAGCCAACCGCAAAAAUAGUUGCAGUGAACUAUCCACAACUACAAUUUUCUCUGAACAACUUUGAAAGCUGGUAACCUAUUCACUUUCUGGUCAAUGUGGACAAGUGAUAAUGUAUCAUUUGUUUUUAAAAUUUAUUUUAUUGCCUUCUCAUACGCAUACUAGAUUUACUAUUGUUCUGCUGUAACAUAUAGCAUGGCUUCACGCCAGGAGAGUGUAGCCAGACAUAGGGGUUGUGGGAGGGUUAAUGAGGACAAAAUGCCAUGAUCUAAAAACAGUUGCACUGUUGAGGUUUUUCUUUCUUUUUUGUUUGUUUUUGUUUUUUAUAUAGACCUUAAGUUUAAAAUUGGGGACAAACUUGGGCAGUGGGGAUUUAGAAUUGAGUUGCACAUGUGUCCAUUUGUAAUAUUUGAAAAUUGCCUGUAUGAUAAAUGAUGCUUGGGUUUCAAUAAUUAACACAAGAUGGAGGAAUACGACAAACAAAUAUGCAACAAUUGCUAUGCCAGGAUCUUGGAAACAUAAUAGAUGGUAUUUUGUGUGCUUGUUUUGUUCCUUUUUGGUAAGCUUAUUCUAGGCAUUUGGUCUGAUACUUCUUCCUUCUCUUAUACUGCAUCUCAAUAACGUGAAGGCCUGUGACAGUUUUUUUACACCUGUGAGUACCACUGCCUGGGUAAAAACUGGUGGUAUUUGCUCAGUGUACAACAGAUCUACUUGAAAUUAGAUUUGUCUUGUAGUCCUUAAUCAACUGUGUACAAAAAAGAAAAAAAAAAUAUUUAACAUUUAAUAAGCAGGGACUGAACAUUAAGAACUACUGGUUAGUUGCAGACAGUUUGGAGGUCGCAUGAUUCCUGGCAAAAUAUGUUUUAUGAAUUUCAAGGAAAGCAUUAGUAAAUACUGUAUUUAAAUGAAAAAAAUAAUUGGUAACUUGAAUGUGUGUAUUUUUGGACAUGUCUAAAAACCAAAUACUCCCUACAGAAACAGAUACAGCCCAUUCUAUAAUAUUUAAAUAUUUUGCUGUUUUAUUUUAUAGAAAUUAUUUUGCUGAAUUCACAAAUAGAAUUUGAUUUAAGAAGAACUGAAUUGUCCUGUUUUUCUUAUUGCAUGAAUACCUGUAUAAUAGUUGAAGGCCAAUUUAUUAUGUUUGCUAUUUAUUUAUAUAUAUAUAUAUAUAUUUUUUCAUACUUCUGACCCCUACACCAUAACUGGCACUAGAUUAAUCUGCAUAUAUUUAAACCCCUAUGUAUAGGUUAGUAUAGCGUAUGUACCUACAUAAACCUGGAUUAUACUUGUAGCAAUAAUAUAUACACAGUUGGGGUGAUCUUUUCAAAAGAAAAAGUUCUCCUUUUUUUUUUCUUUUUUUUUUUUUAUUGUGUAUAUUUUACUGUUUUACAAAUAUGUGCAAAUAGAUUUUGUCCCACUCUGCUUAAGCUAUUAAGCAUGUGUAUGGCUAUAUCUACAUGUGACCGAAUUCAGAUUUGAACUGACAAGCAAUUCUUUUAUACUGCCCUGUUUCUCUAAUAUUAAUCUCCCUCCACUUGUUUUCGGCACCUACAGAAACAAUGGUGCUCUGACGAUUGUAAAUGGGGACUUAUUGCACACUAGUCAAUUUCCUAGCAUUUUAAAAAUGUGUAAAUUGAAAGCAGACACUUUAUUGGUUGCUUUAGGUUAUUGUAGUUGCUUAUACCAGUUUUCAGAAGUUAAACCAAAUGUGUGCAUGAGCACAGGAAGCUGGUUUAUGUAAACUAAAGGAAAAAAGUAGUAAUGGCUCACAGUGAUCACUCUUGGCUAACAUUUCUGGAAAAUUUUAAAGUGAAAUCGGAUUGCCAAGAGCAUGGGCCCUCUUCUUUCCUCAAGUUUUGAUAAAUUGGACCCUUAAAACUUGAUUGCCACAGUCAGUAUGGCUUGAACAAAAUUUAUUUCUGCCUUAAAUUUAUUUGGUGCUGGUAUAUUUCGGUAUAUGUGUCAUAAACCUCCAGUUGCACACACUAGUAAAAAUAAAUUAUAUAAUGUUAAUUAUUCCUAUAGUCUAGCUUAAGAUGUGCAUUUUUUUUUUGUUUGUAUAGACCUAAUACUUUAGCUGCAAUACUUUCAAUGUGUUACAAUGGCACUGUAUAUCAUCUUUUCACUGCUGCUACAAGAUACACAAUACAUAAGUUCUCCGGUUUUUAAAAGCUUUACAUUUACAGUAGAAUCUGAAUGCCAGUAAUGCAUUUAGAGAAUAGACAGCAACAAAAUGAUAUGCAACAAAGAGGAAAACUUUUCUGUCCACAUUGAAGAAGACAGUUGGUCCAAAAACAUUCAGCAGUCUAUCACAAGAACUGUCAUGUUGAUAAAAUAAAAUAAAGUGUAAUUUGCAUUUGU